AUGCUGAGCGUGAUCUCAAACUCACCUGCUGUCGAGCUGGGCAGGUCAGGUUGGAACCAAGCCCAAGCCGUACUCAGUGGCAGAUCCAGGACCUCAGUCGACUCUCCUACUACUACUCGUGCCCAUCAUGCAGACCCGGGACUAGCAAUCAACCCUGUCACGCAGGCAGCCGUAUCGCUCGAGUAUGCUUCGCUCAGACAUAGUCGACACUGUCCUCAAGGGAUGUACGUCACGCCCUCAGCUGAUAGCCCACUCGUAUGGGAGGUUGUCUUCUUUGUCCACCAAGGGUACUACUCCGAUGCGGUAAUCAGAUUCGAAGUCACGUUUCCUCCAAACUAUCCAGACGCCCCUCCUUCAGUACGAUUCGUAACGGAUGUCUUCCAUCCCCUUGUCACUCCUCAAACAGGCAAACUUAGCAUGAGCUCGCGCUUCCGCCCUUGGAGGCCAAAAGAGCACCACAUAUUUGACGUUUUGCACUGGAUCAAGGCUGCAUUUAAGAAAGAUGCACUCGACAGAUUCCAGGAGCAUGACUGCUUGAACAAAGAAGCAUUCAGAUUGUACGUACACCAUGUGUCUUGA